GUUACCGUACUCAAACGUGGUGCAGCGCCCGUGGAUCCUCGGUCUGGUUUUGUUUAUACGCAUCAAGUCUACGCCGACGCGGAGGGUGUAUGGGACGCUAUGCUCAAUCAGACGGACAUCUCUGGAAGCAAAAAUUCAAACAAAUUCUACGUGAUCCAGGUAUUGCAUCCCAUCGGUAACACAAGCACAUGUCAACUGUUCGUCCGCUGGGGCCGCAUCGGCGAGAAUGGCCAGAGCCAGGUGAAGGUAAGGGGUCCGUGGGACCCUGCAAGGGCUGUCCAAGAGUUCAAGAAGCAGUUCAAGACGAAAGCCGGCGUGAAUUGGGAGCAGAGGCAUGGCAUGACCGCGAAGAAGGGAAAGUAUGUGUGGAUAGAACGUUCAUUUGAGGAGGAGAAAGACGAAGACAAAGAAGAGGGGUCGUCCUCAAAGGAGAAGAAGAAAAAGGAAGAGGCGAAGCCGCCAGCGUCUGAGUUGGCUCCUGAGCUACAGGCCCUGGCUGAGGUUAUCGAAAAACCGAACUGCGACAGUGCGGUGCAGAUGGGCGGACAGCGGAAUGCUUGCGAAGAAUUGAGCGGAAGAUAUUAUUCGAUCAUCCCUCAUGCUUUUGGGCGUAACCGACCCGUGGUUAUCGAUAACAUGGCCACGUUAAAGAAGGAAUUGGAGCUCGUCGACGCUCUCGGCGACAUGGAAGUCGCGCAGGAGCUGAUCAAGUCGACUAUCAUGACUGACGAAGACGGGAAACCUUUAAAUCCUCUGGACGCGCACUUCAAGUCGCUGAAACUGUCCCGUAUGGACCCGCUUGAUCGAGGGAAUUCUGAGUUUGCUGCCUUGGAGAAGUACGCUCGGGACACGCACGGAGCGACGCAUCGCUUCCAGGCGAAGGUCCUGAACAUUUUCGCAGUCGAGAGGCAAAGUGAGACGGAAGCCUGGCACAAUGCGGGGUUCGACAAGCUGGAGCAAGGAAAGCGUCGAUUGUUAUGGCACGGUUCUCGGUCCACGAAUUUCGCUGGUAUUUUAAGUCAGGGCCUGCGCAUCGCGCCUCCCGAAGGGUACAUGUUUGGCAAGGGUGUCUAUUUCGCGGAUUCCGCCGGAUACUGCUAUACCCACCUGAGCAACGGCGUCGGUAUCUUGCUCCUCUGCGAGGUCGCCGUCAAACCGUUCUUCGAGCAGUACGGCGCCAACUCCAAUGCCGCUGAGGAAUGCAAAGCGGAGGGAAAACUCUGUACCCUGGGUUUAGGUAGAACUCAACCUGUUGAUUGGCAAGACGCCGGCGAGGUGCUGGGCAACCCGGAGCUCAAAGGUUGCGAGAUGCCGAAGGGAGGUGGACAAGAUGUCAACUCUCCGAAUGCUUACCUGCAGUACAACGAGGCGAGUGUUCAGUGA